AUGUUGUCGCAGCCAGAGAUCUCUAAUAUUACUACAACCUCUGGAGUCUCAGUUUUUAAUACCUCAGCCAUGACCGAUGACCAUUCUACUAAAUUGAAGCGACAUCAUAAGCUCUUCAGAGUGGUAGUCUUUACUACCAACUCUGUCGAAGAAGUCCUUGCAACCGUCGCAAUGAAUGCCGAUACGUUGUACGAUAGUAGAGUUGUCAAUGAAUUAGAUUGUAUUAUCCUUUUCUUCAAGUCGCGCAAAUUGGCAAACCAAGCAAUAUCUGCUGGUGCUAAGUCCAAGCUCACUAUGAUACCUCAAACCGUCAAAACAUCAUUCCGUUAUAAGGUCGACAAGGAUUUAGACAAGACUAAUAUGCAUUCUAUUAUCUCAACCCUUGGUUCUUCUAUCAACAAUAUCAAUUUUAGCAAGAUGGAAGAUCAGGAAUUUUGGGCUAUUGGUACUAAUAUUGAGUUACCUGCCAAUCAUUUGAAGAAAUUUAAGCUUUCCAAAAUGAGAACAGAUAUCUCUCGCUUCCGUAUUGCCUUUAAUGGUAAAGAAAAAGAUCUUCCUAAACUCAAGGGUGCCAUUAGUUCCCAAUGGAAAGUCAAGAAUGAGAGUAUCGAGUUGGCUAAGAAGAUGGCUGUUGUUGGUAUUAAAAAAGAUCAAAUUACCAAUAACAUUACCAAGUUCGUCCAAGUUGGUGUGGCCUGCAUUUUCAAUUGGUAUGGCCCGGCUAACAAAAACAAACUCGAAUUCAUGAAUAAGGCUCUCAAUAUUAUCAACAUUUCUGCUCAAACAGCGGUCUUUCAUGGUGAACGUAUUGUCAUAUUGGGAGAUUUGAAUGCCAAUACUAAAACAUUCAGUAAGGUAUCUUAUGCCGCCCAUGAACGACUAUUAAUUGACCAAUGUGACAAAUUGAAACUCUUUGAUGUUGUUCCCAUUUCAAACACACCUUCGUUUGCUCAACGCAACAAAUACUCUCAUGGUUUUUCUCGCCAGGACCAUAUUAUUACUUCCCACAAUGAUUAUUCUGGUGUAGAAGAUGUUCCUACUGCUUAUUCUCACAAACUUUUAUAA